GGUUGUUCCCGAGGUGGGAGGCGGCACCCGAGGCGGAGGAGGAGGCCCGAGAGCGACAUGUCCCGGGUCGCCGAGGCAGAACGGUCCGCGGCGCUGUGUUACUGAGUCGGGGGCGGCCUGGCGUCCGGCCGAGGACGAGGGUCGGCAGGGGCUGCCCCCGCGGUGGUGGCCGCCAUGCUGGGGCCCCGGGCAGCUGAUGCAGCCGCUGCGGCGCUUCUCCGACUGCUGCUGCUGCUGCUGUUGCCCGAGCUCCGGGAUCCGGGGCUCGGCGUGGUCGGAGCGGCUGGGGCCGGGCUGCCAGAGAGCGUCAUUUGGGCCGUCAACGCGGGCGGCGAAGCGCAUGUGGACGUGCACGGGAUCCACUUCCGCAAGGACCCUCUGGAAGGCCGGGUGGGCCGAGCCUCAGACUAUGGCAUGAAACUGCCAAUCCUGCGUUCCAACCCUGAGGACCAGAUCCUGUAUCAAACAGAGCGGUACAAUGAGGAGACCUUUGGCUACGAAGUCCCCAUUAAGGAGGAGGGGGACUACGUGCUGGUGUUGAAGUUUGCUGAGGUCUAUUUUGCACAGUCUCAGCAGAAGGUAUUUGACGUCCGAUUAAAUGGCCAUGUUGUGGUGAAGGACUUGGACAUCUUUGAUCGUGUUGGGCACAGCACGGCUCAUGAUGAAAUCAUCCCUAUGAGUAUCAGAAAGGGGAAGCUGAGUGUCCAAGGGGAGGUGUCUACCUUCACAGGAAAGCUCUACAUUGAGUUUGUCAAGGGGUACUAUGACAAUCCCAAAGUCUGUGCCCUCUACAUCAUGGCGGGGACAGUGGACGAUGUACCAAAGUUGCAGCCUCAUCCAGGAUUGGAGAAGAAAGAAGAAGAGGAAGAAGAAGAAGAAUAUGAUGAGGGGUCUAAUCUCAAAAGACAGACCAACAAGAACAGGGUGCAGUCAGGCCCCCGCACGCCUAACCCCUAUGCCUCGGACAACAGCAGCCUCAUGUUUCCCAUCCUGGUGGCCUUUGGAGUGUUCAUUCCAACCCUCUUCUGCCUCUGCCGGUUGUGAGAACAAUGGCCAUCCUCAGCAGGGUGGAGGGGAGUGGGGGGAAACCAGACAUGCUGCUGUCUGUAUUCUUGACA